CCUGUCUGCCAACAGCUUCAGCAGCGGCUCUAUCUGGAUUCUACUUCACUCACUGACAAUUAAAGGAGGCCCCCUUUUUCUUCUCAUUUUCGAGGAUUAUUCGUCACCAUGGGCGACAAAAAGAGCCCUACCAGGCCGAAAAGACAAGCCAAACAGAGCGCAGACGACGGCUACUGGGACUGCAGCGUGUGCACCUACAAGAACACAGCCGAGGCUUUCAAAUGCAGCAUCUGCGAUGUGAGGAAGGGCACAUCCACAAGGAAACCAAGAAUAAACUCCCAGCUGGCCGCUCAGCAGUCGGCUCAGCAGUACACAAUGCCUCCCCCACCCAAGAAGGAUCGGAGAGAGAGGAGCGAGCGCACGGACAAGGAACGUCCACACAGCGAAGGAGAAAGAGCCGGCGCCGAGGGACGCCCUGAGGGAGAACGCCCAGAGAGAGUCGGGCCAGAGGGAGAAAUUCCUGAGAAGGACAAGAGUGAGAAGGAGCAGCCCAUCAAAGACAAACCCGACAGGGAAAAGGAGAUCACCCCAGCUGUAACAAAGAAACCCAGCAGCAAAAAGACCAAACCCAAAUCAGACAGCCAUCAGAGUUCACCAAGUGACAAACAGAGCAUACAGUCUGGGAAAUCAGCAACCAAGUCUAACAAGAACUCCCAUAUUUCCAGGCCCAAACUGAAGAAUAUCGACCGAAGUACCGCCCAACAGUUGGCCAUCACCGUAGGUAACGUGACGGUGAUCAUAACAGACUUUAAGGAGAAGACCCGCUCCUCAUCCACAUCUUCGUCCACCAUCACAUCCAGCGCAGGCUCUGAACAGCAGCAUCAGAGCUCUGGCUCCGAGAGCAUGGACAAGGGCUCGUCACGCGCCUCCACCCCUAAAGGGGAUCUCUCGGUGGGGCACGACGAGUCAUUCUGAGCGCCAUUGUUUGUUUUCGUUUUUUUUUUUUUGGCUGUCGUCGUUUAACCCCGUUCCCUUCCAAUUCUUCACUCCCCUCUCCUCUCCGCCCAUAUUUCUGGACACUGUGGAUCCCAUGGGGGGGAAGAGUCGUCACCCUUUGCCAUCGAUGCCCUGCCCUUCAUUCCAUGUCCUCCCCAUGAUGCUGAGCAGAGCUGGCCGGAUUAGAGACACAGCUGGCACCUUUUUAGGGGAGCACACUCCCUAUGUAGUCUUGCCGGGGAGAGCUGGGCUAAAGGGAAUAAGACCCUACACCCCCCCCCUUACGGUAGCAUCCAGACACUUGUACGUAUUGUUUUAUAUUUGUAUGUGGAUGUGAGACCAAGUCGACCUUUUUUUUUCUGUUUUUGUAAAGAAGAAAUCUCCGCUGGGCACAAUAACGCGCCAUAGGAAUUAACUAUUAUUCCCCUUAUUUAUUUCCUGUUGCACCUGUAUACUUUGAUAUUUUUUUCUUCUUCUCUUUAAGUUCCGGCUUUGCAGUGUAGCUCUGCUGAUUGAUCGUUCCUUCAGUGUUUUCACUACAAUGAAAAUGUUAGGAUAACCUACAUGCACACACACUGGUGCUAGAUACACUGUGAAGUGGUUCUGCAGAUUGGGGACUGCCCACUUUCUCCAUGUGACAAAGUUCUUCUGAAUCAAAUUCUGCUUCAUGUUCCUCGAUGACACUGCUUGACCACCUCCAGAUCGGACCUUUUUUCCUCUCCAACCGGCUCCACUCUGAUUUCGUAUGCUCUCGCAGGUUGUACAGUCCCUCCCUGUCCUUUAACUGUACAGUGUAGGCUGUUGUGUAAAACACUAAAAGCUGUCCAUGUUCUGCAUUCCAUGCUUCAAAUGUUGAGUUUUCCAGGCUGCAGUUGGGAGCUGUCCUCUCAGCUCGGCAGCCAUAGUUUUCGUUUUUUUUUCCUCAACGUUCUUAUUCUGUGACUGAAGGAUGCAGUUCUGCUUGGUGAAACCAAGUCGCUCUGUAAAAAAAAAACAAA